CCCACCGCGCCCUGGGCGCACCGGCGGGUCCCUGGUGGCCUGAGCGACCGGCGACCAGCGACCCGCGGAUGCUCAACGCGAGCCACAAGCUGUCCCCGCACAGAGGCUGCCGGGCCGUCGGGGAGCCAGGAGCACCAGGCUGCCCAGAUGCGGGCGCCACUCUGCCUGCUGCUGCUCCUCGCCCACGCAGUGGACAUGCUCGCCCUGUACCGAAGGAAGAAGCAAGCAGGCACUGGUCUAGGGGGCAACUGCACAGGCUGUGUCAUAUGCUCAGAGGAGAACGGCUGUUCCACCUGCCAGCAGAGGCUCUUCCUCUUCAUCCGCCGCGAAGGUAUCCGUCAGUACGGCAAGUGUGUGCAUGACUGUCCCCUCGGCUUCUUCGGAAUCCGUGGCCAGGAGGCCAACAGGUGCAAGAAAUGCGGGGCCACGUGCGAGAGCUGUUUCAGCCAGGACUUCUGUAUCCGCUGCAAGAGGCGGUUUCACCUAUACAAAGGGAAGUGCCUGCCCAGCUGUCCACCGGGCACCUUGACCCACCAGAGUACCCAGGAGUGCCAGGAAGAGUGUGAGCCGAGCCCUUGGGGCAGCUGGAGUCCCUGCAUACACAAUGGGAAGACCUGUGGCUCAGGCUGGGGCCUAGAGACCCGGGUGCGGGAGGCUGGCCCGGCCAAGCAGGAAGAGACAGCGAGUUGUCGAGUAUUAUCUGAGUCCAGGAAGUGUCCUAUAAAGAGGCCCUGCCCAGGAGAAAGAAAUCCCAGGCGGAAGAACAGGAAGCUUCGGCGCCAGCGCAAGGACAGGAAGUUGGAGCGCAGGCCGCACCAGCGUGGCUCACAGUGACCGUCUCCAGCUCUGGCCUCUGCGUCUGGCUCACGGAACUUCCACCGUGGGCUCCUCCCUUCUCCCCUGCGCCGCUCUUCCUGUGAGCUACCUUUCCUGUCUGUCUGGUCUUUCCUUUAGAUUUUAUGUCUCCCUUUUCCUCUCGCCCUCACCUCCUUCUUCACGUCCUUGUUUCUUCUUUGGAACCUUCCUUCUCUCCGUGUACCCUUUUCUUCAUUUCCUUCUGUUUUCCUUUCUGAUCUUCACUGUCCACCCCCCCAUACAGAGACAGAUGUAAGAGAGGAGACUAAGCUUGGAUCCUCCAUGUACCUCUGCACCUCAAAGCAAACUUUUUUUCCUAGAUCUU